UUUUUUCCCCCGUGAUAAUUAAGUGCGUCCCCCGUAGUGAAAGUGCGUGGGUAGAAGUUAGUGCGGACUAACUUAAAAAUCGUGAUCGGUUUCAGACGUUUUCGAUCAUCUCAAACCAUUCACGUCCUCCUGCAGCACUACCAGAUAGGCUGCAAGUGAAGAGGUUUGUCACACUACCAGAUAGGUGACAGAUUUAAAAUCGUUUUCAAAAGAAAACGUCUGCUAGUGACACUACCAGAUAGGUUACUAGUACAGAAAUUAGCACACUACCAGAUAGGUGCUAGUUUACCACCAAAUUAAACAAUAAAUUACUCAAGUGUGCUUCUGUUAUCUGACACCAUAAACGUGUCGGAGAAGUCAUUUGAAAAGCUUUAUGCCCAAAAACAAACGCGAAAAAUCCGCCCUCAAGAGAGCGCGUGAAUUUUUUCCGCGAAACUUUUCGGACACUGAAGAAUCGGAUUCUUCAGUUGAGUCGAAUCACGAUCUAGCGCACAUCCCAAUUAAGGAUACGCCAGAAAUAAAGAAUCUGACCAUCGAUUUUAACAUGGAACAGAUAGGUCAGCAACUUGCCGAAAUGGCUGCUAACCUGAAUAACCUUUUAGCAGAGCAGCAAAGGCAGCAACAGCUCAUUAAUGCUCUUGGAGCUCAACAAGCUGGCCAAGCAGCUCAGGCACCCGCCGCAAUACCUGCAGCGCUGCCGCAACACGCUAACUUUUUUGCUAUUCCCGAUCCAAUUAAACAUGGGAUCAGCAAAUUCGAUGGAAACAAGAAACAAUUAAACGCAUGGCUCUCGAGUGUUGAAACGACACUUCAACAGCUCCAACCAUAUUAUACCGAUGACCAAAACGCAAUGUUUUUGCGGACAAUAAUAAAUGGGAAAAUUGAGGGUAGAGCCAAAGAUAAACUUUGCGCCAACGGAAAUCCAACCACAUUCGAAGAAGUUAAAUCAAUUUUAAUACACCACCUUGGAGAUCAUCAGGAUCUUACGUUUUACAAAUGCCAGUUGUGGCAGCAUGUUAAAACUCCAAACACAACACUAUAUAGUCAUUAUAAUAGCAUCAAGGAAACAAUCCAAAUUAUUAAAAACUUAUCACAACAGGACCCCGAUUAUAGAACGGCCUGGAACGUAAUGAAUAAAUCGAUAGAGCAAGAUGCUUUAGCUGCGUUCCUUGCUGGGCUCCCGAAGGACAUGUUUGGUCAUGCUAUAGCAGCCAAGCCAGUCAAUAUCGAAGAAGCCUACGCUUUUGUUUGCAAGUUCAAAAGCUCCGAGAAUCUCGCAAACAAUAUAAACAAUAGAUCAUUCAAGAAAAAUACUGAACAAAACAAAAUCAUAACAGAAAAUAAACCACAAAAAUUUAAGAUAAACCCGCAUCAACAAAACAAUAGUCAAGGUCAACAAAACAAAAACGAUGAGCCAAUGGAAAUCGGGUCAACUAAUAGCAGAUUAACACUAAAUCGGAGACAAUUUAACAACAACGAACUCCCUGACGACAACACUUCUGAAUCUGAAGAAGAAGGUGUGGACUUGAAUUUUUGCUGGGUAACAGAAACUCAGGUAAAAACCUAAAUUUU